AUGUCCAAGGAAAAGGAAGCGCAGGCCGAGAAUAUGGUUCACAGUGACUGCAGUAUCUCGUCUCGAGAUGAGGUGGACGACAUCGAGCGAAUGAGCCGAGCCAGCAAUGUAUUGGAGAGAACCUUCACCACCUGCAGUAUCGUCGACCCGGGACCACCGCCUGACGGCGGCGUCAGGGCGUGGACGAUGGUCGCCUGCGGCUGGCUUGUCAUUUUCACCACUUGGGGCUGGGUUAAUUCAUAUGGAACCUUUCAAACAUACUACUCGAUUACCCUGCAAGAGUCACCAUCAACCAUAUCCUGGAUCGGGACCGUGCAGAAUUGGUUGACCUUCUUCAUCGGCGCUUUGAGCGGCAGAUUACUGGAUGCUGGCCUCUAUAUCCCUACUGUCAUCGUAGGAUCCGUUUUGCAGCUACUCGGCAUGUUUCUAAUGAGCAUCUCGACCAAAUUCUGGCAUCUUAUGCUCACACAAGGUCUGCUCACUGGCCUAGGUGGCGGCAUCUUCUUCACGCCGUCAUUGGGUCUGGUGGCUACGUACUUCUCCAGUAGACGAUCGUUUGCUAUCGGCAUAGCGACGACCGGCAAUGCGGUCGGCGGUAUGAUCUACCCUAUCAUCGUAAGGGAAUUGCUUCCCAAGAUCGGCUUCGCCUGGACUACUCGCGUGCUUGGCUUCCUGAAUCUUGGUCUUCUGGCCGUCGUGUUGGCGUUCAUGCGUCCGCGGCUUCCACCACGGCAAUCCGGACCGAUCAUCGACUGGGCGGCGUGGCUCGAUCCAGUUUACGCUUGCUUCGUCGCUGGCCUGUUUUUCAUUAUCUGGGCGAUUUACUACACUUUCUACUUUCUCGCAUCGUACGGCGUCCAGAAGGUUGGGCUUGAUUUCGCCUCCUCAGCAUCUCUGAUCAUCAUUGUCAACGGUGUUGGCGUACCGGCACGAGUAAUACCGCCUUACUUCGCAGAUAAAGUGGGACAGCUCAACAUGGUGGUCCCGACCGUCCUCUUCCUGACUAUCGUAGCAUACUGCUGGCUUGCAGUGGAGAACGUAGCGGGCCUCUAUGUCUUCACCAUGUUUUAUGGUCUCAUCAGCGCCGCAAUGCAAUGUCUGGUUCCUUCCACGGUUGCGAGCAUCACGCCGGAUUUGAAUAUGGUCGGCACAAGGCUUGGCAUGGCGUUCAGCUCGCUAUCAUUUGCGGCGUUGACCGGCCCACCGAUAGGUGGUGCGCUGCAGAGCGCUAUGCAUGGUAGCUACACAGGUGCAUCGAUAUGGGCGGCAACGUCGACGCUAAUAGCGUUUGUCCUGCUGGGUGCAGCAAGAGUGAAUAAAGUAGGGUGGCAGCUGAGGAAGAAGGCAUGA